GUCAUGCAGUAGAGCCACCUUCCAGUCUGCAUCCAGAGGUAGUUAAACAAUAUAAAUACAUUUAAUAACCAGCUGAAAAUUAAACACUCAAGACACGUAAAAGCAGACUGUUGACUUCUCUGUUAACUUCAACAAUGACUAGCAUAGAGCUUGGAGGAUGGUUUGAGGCGCAGGAUGCAACUGAGGAAACUCAGAAGAUUUGUGAUCAGGUGAAGCACCAAGUGGAGGAAAAGACAGGCAAGAACUAUGUGGAAUACAAAGCAAUCGAAUACAGGAAUCAGCUUGAGAAUGGAGAAACAUUUCUCAUCAAGGUUCAUGUUGGAGGAACGGACUACAUUCAUCUAAAGGUCCACCAAAUAAUUAUUUUUGUCAGAGAAGUGCCGAGCACAAAAGUUUUUCUACAAGGUGUAGAGCAGCACAAAACCAAAGAUGACCCCCUCGUACCUUUUACAAACUGAUUAAACAACCUGUUUCAACAGUGAAAUACUUACAGGCUGCAGUCUCAUAUUAAAAUGCUCGGCUUCUUUAUUCUGAAAUGAUUUGACGUUGAUUUUGAAUGCAUUACAUGAUACUAAAGAAACAAUAAAGAUUGAAGCAUUAAAACAA